AUGUACUGGGCCAAGUCCCACGACUUGGUUUCCUCCAUGUCAACGGGAUGCUACCGCGGAACGAAGCUAAUGCCGCAGACAGACAAGUUUGCGCCUCAGCAAUUUGGCAAUUCCAAGAUCGAUAUCUAUAACGAUUCCGCAGCGGAUGUGCCGACGACAAUUCCACCACAGUUCGCGGAUCAGGACCGUCAGCCACCGUAUGAAUCGCCGAAGACAAGCAAACAGAGUCCACUGGAACGUCCCGAGCGUGGCUACUUGACUUUCACUCACAGCAAUCCAUCUUCGUCGGCGAAGGCCACCAUAGGUACCGAUAGCCGAUCCAUGUCUCGGUGGUUCCGAUCUCGGCAUUUUCAAGCUGUGUGGGAGCGGCUCGAUUCGGGUUCUUCCGAAACACGUCCGUCACAUCCAUAUACGGAGCUCAUUAAACUUUGCAUUUUGAAGCGACCCGAGGGAAAACUCACUCUCAACCAGCUCUAUCGCGACCUUGAAGACAAGUUUCCCUUCUUUGCCGCUUCGCAAAAGGGCAAAGGCUGGAAGAACACACUUCGACACAACUUGUCAACGCAAGCCUAUUUCAUCAAAUUGGACCGCGAGCAUGGGCAGCUUGGCAAAGGGCACUACUGGGCCUACUGCCCUGAUCUCGAGAAACCCACUUCGCUGGCUCAGAGCUCGGUUGUGCAGCUCUCAUCUUUAUGGCCUCCCUCUGUUAGCGCGACGACCGUUCUUCCUCGAGAAGAGUCUGCUCGCGAGCUCUCCAGUGCGACACACUUCAAGCACUCACUUGAUUUCGAUCCUUCACCUUCCACUUUGCCCCGCUUCGAGGACUACAGCCUUCGACAGGAGUGGCACGAGCUACCUCGGAUUCACCAUCCCCCAACCCACCGGUUGGCGCCCAAAUUUCGUUCGUUCGCAUCUCCAAUCCCGAAGCGUCGCUCUUCUAGCCCUGCUCGACAUACCAACUCACUCUCACAUCAUUCAAGCAACGAAUCCGGGCCGACCACCAGAAUGCGAUCAGCGACAAUCCCGACUUUCUCGAGACUAUCCUUCAAAACCCCAACGCAACAGCCCUCUUCUGCGUAUGACAGGCGCAGAUCUGAUUGUCUCUGGCAGAACAAAGAUACAAAUCCGCUCACAUCCUCCACAUCCUCCUUGUCGGACAUUGUACGUGACAACAGCAACAGCAGCAGCAGCGAGUCGAGCGCGCAAAGUGACGACGCUAUUUCGCGGCUUCCUCCUCUGCUCGACCUUCCUCUCCGCAGUGCUCCAGCACAUCACAGCUUGGGUGACUAUUACCUCUCUAACCCUAUCUCGAGGCGUUAG